AUGGAGGGGAUGCUCAACUACUUCGUUCCGGAGGAUGGAGAUUCGUCUGACCACCUAAAUGUGGUACCAUUGCCACGUGUAGACUUGUUACGACUGCAACAUAUAAAAAAAAGCUUCCCGUUACCUGGCAAUUUCCACUUUCGCUUUAAAACGGCCUUUGAAGGAACAUAUGUGUGGCUGGACGUGGUCAAUGACACGGAUCCAGUGCCGGACUUUGACGGACUCAUUAUCUGUAAAAUUUCACGCGUCCAAAGCAAAAACUCCAUGCGCCCAGCAGAGCAAACAGAGACUCUUCCGAAGGCUCAAGUGGAGGCACCCGAUCUCAUUCAGACAUCGGAAAAUCCAUUGUCACCUGAUCAGCGACAAGAGGAAUCUCCAAUUGUGCAAAAGACUUUUAACGACGAUUUGGUUGGACUGCUGUCGGAUCCAGUGCCUUCAUCAACAUCACAAGCUGCUUCGACCACUUCUCCAGUUCCUCCAACAAGUUCUCCUCCUCCUUCUCAGGUAUCUCAUGAUCCAUUUGAUGUCUUCGCUGGUAAUAGUGCGGCUCCUAUGCGGCCGACACCUAUCUCCGCUACGAUGGCAAGCAACGGACCUCGUGGCUUAUCGCCGACAACUACAGGAAACCAUGGCGGACCAUAUGGAACUAAAGGAGGGUUCAAUGCUAUGGGUGUUGGAGGUCCGUCACCAAUGGUUCCUCGAGGUCCUAGCGGCAUGAAUAUCAGUCAGAUGCAUCUAGGCAUGAGUCCAGGUAUGCAGCAGCAGCAACAACAGCAGAAUAGCUUUCAAGGUUUGCAGUGGCAAGGCAUGGGACAACAGCAUCAGUCGCAACAGCAACAGCAACGGAACCUCAAUACGAGGCAAUGGUAA